GACUUGGCUAAUGGAAGCGUGCUCGGGAGCUUGAGCGAGGAGGGACGAUGGGAAGGGGGGAAGGAGGGACGAGGAUCCCGGGAGCUUUAGCCGUCAAGACGGAAACGAGGGCGAAGUGGAAGCGGCCUGGGUUGAGAAGAAGAAGCCCGUCCCAGCAGCGGGCGUGUUGAGGGAAAUUAUUUUCAGGUCGUGCUGCUCCUGUUACGCAUGCGGAGUCAGAGCCUCUCUGCCUCGCCGCCUCCAUUUUCAGUUCCAAAUUCUCUCCCACUCCUCCCCUAUCCAUUAAGAAGAAAGAAAAUGGCUGCCUCUUCAUCUUCCUCCUCAGCUGGAGGGGUCAGCGGAAGUUCUGUAACUGGACCUGGCUUUAGUGUCUCAGACCUUGCCCCACCACGGAAAGCCCUUUUCACCUACCCCAAAGGAGCUGGAGAAAUGUUAGAAGACCUCCUUGUGACCAACAACAGACAUUUGCAAAACAGCUGGCCAAGGUUAGGGAUGCAGUCUGUGGCCAUGGAAAAGAGCAAAGACGGCUCAGAGAGAUUCCUUUGUGAGUCUGUUUUCAGCUAUCAAGUGGCAUCUACACUUAAACAGGUGAAACAUGAUCAGCAAGUUGCUCGGAUGGAGAAGCUGGCUGGCUUGGUGGAAGAGCUCGAGGCAGAUGAAUGGCGGUACAAACCCAUUGAACAGCUGCUGGGCUUUACCCCCUCCUCAGGCUGACAAUGUUGGGAUUACCUCUGGAGCACAAGCAGGGGCAUGACUGGGGAGGGUCUUUUCUGCACAGCAUCUGGGAUCCAGGGAGUCAGAGCUGCAUAUGAAAUGGUUUGCUCACAUUCACACUUGGUGCCUCUGUAAUAAACUACAUUCCAUGUAAGCUAGAAUGCCUGUGGGGGGAAAAACCACUACAGCUUAACUAGGUUAUCUGACAGGGGAGCAUUUUUCUUCCCUAAGAACCCACUGGAGAUUGGGUUAAGUGAGACAGUCAGUUUCAGAGAAUUGGAAGGUUUCCAUUUGGGGUUUGAGGGGUUUUUGGGAAACUUCACUUAACAAGCAGUGAAUGUGCCCAAAGUGGUCCACUUGAGAAGAGUCCACCCAGUCAGUCAUUCUGGGCCUAGAGCACCUCACCAAGUCAUGGUCAAGAUAAAGAGGUAGGAAAGAUAGCAAUUCCUUUUGAAGAUGAAUGGGAUUAUAAUCAGGACAGGUCCAAAUGAAGAACAGAAAAAAAAAUGUUAGCUGUAUUUUCUGUCAUUAGAUACCACAGCACUGUUGAGUCCAGCUUUGUGACAUGACCUUGUUGACUGCAUGCUGAAUGCUUGGAAAGGGACUUGGCAUUUUCAUGUUGGCACAGUAUAGAAGUGAAACAGCAGGAACCUUUUAAACCCAGAAAUCCAGGGCCCUUCUCAGUGCUGGACUCAAGCUGUUCUGUGGCAAAGAAAUCCUUUCAAAGAGCUUCAAAUUGGUUUCUUUAUCCUUUCAAAGUCUCAGGGAUUUGCGAAGGGGGAGGUGGUUAAAUUGCUUUGUUGUGAAUAAGGAAACAAAACCAUUUCUCAUAAGCAAAUGGUGGCAUGUUUCACUUUGCAUCAGAUGGAUUCACCAGAGCAUGAAUUAGUUUCUUCUCCAUUGGUAAGGAAAGCCUGAAAAUGAACAGCUAGUCCUUCUGCUAUCCCUCCUGAGGUCCCAGAGUUGUAAACAUCAUUAUUGGACCGUGUGCACAUUUUGCCUUUUAGAAAACAUCUUGGUCGUUUUGGGUUGGGCUAUUUGUUUUGUUUUGUUUUUUAAUGAUUUCCAAUUGACCUUCUUAGACCAGAUUAAUAAAUAAGUAAAAUCCUGGUA